CCCAUCUCUCCUUUCUGCUUCGUAACUUUUUGCAUGCAAUCUGCAGAUUAAAACUGAGGACUCUGAGGAGUCGGUCGGCUGAUGGAUGGAUAAAAAGUUACAUGGUAGUAUGACAUAGUUUUGAAACAAAUUAUUGUUUUUCACAUAAACGUUCCGUCCAUCGAGGCAAAAUGAAGUUCCACGAUACAUUAGAUAUUGAAUCUCUGGUCAACAAGAGUAAAUCCGAUCUUACUCCAGAAGAAAAAUGGAGAGUGGAGCAUCACAAGAUGCACGAGCUGCAUCGUGGACACGAAUCUAUGCACGCUGAGAUGGUUUUCAUUCUUAUAAUUACAGUUUUUGUUAGCGAAGUAAUUCUUAUCACAUGGAAAAAAAGACAUUACAAAUCUUAUCAGUUAGUAACACUGAUAGGUAUGUGGAUAAUUCCUUUAGUCUUAGCUCUGAGAAAUUACUAUUGGAGGUUUAUAUUCUUCUGGCUGGUGUUUUCAUGUAUCACUGGUUUGAUUGUAAGAAAGACUGUUGAAAAACCUAUGCAAGGCACAACACCUAGACUAGUGUAUAAAUGGUUUUAUUUGAUUUAUAAAGCGAGUUAUUUUUUGGGUCUUGUUAGUUACUUUAUACUGUUAGCAACGUUUUUUGGCUUGAAUCUUGUUUUUGAUGCCAAACCUCAAGCUUGGAUGGACUGUGGACUAUUGUUUUUAUUUUAUGGUCUGUACUUUGGUGUGUUGGGAAGAGACGUUGCUGAAUUAUGUGCUGACAAACUAGCUUCUCAUAUAGGGUAUUAUAACUCUGGAAGUAUGCCAACAAGAACUCUAGAUCCUAACGUUUGUGCAGUAUGUGGAAAUAAAUUAUUAGUUUCUGAACACGAAGAAGGUGUGAUUGAAAACACCUAUAAACUUACCUGUAAUCAUGUUUUCCACGAAUUCUGCAUUCGUGGAUGGUGUAUUGUUGGAAAAAAGCAAAUAUGUCCCUACUGCAAGGAAAAAGUUGAUCUUAAACGGAUGUUCCAUAACCCUUGGGAGAAGCCUCAUGUUUUGUACGGGCAACUUCUCGAUUGGAUUAGGUGGCUCAUAGCCUGGCAACCAGUCAUACUUUUUGUUGUUCAAGGUAUCACUUGGAGUUUAGGACUUGAGUAAGUAAUUGCUGUUGUCAUUUAAAUCAAGUUGGAGGCAAAGCUUUCGUAAUGAGUGAAAAAUCAUUGUUCCAUAGCAGAGGUACAACAGUAAAUAAUGCUAAACCGAAUCAUGUAUAAUCAUGUAAUGAACUUAAAUGAAAAGCAAAAAACUCAAGACUUUUUAUGCCACAUGUUGUCAGUCUUGUAAAUACGAUUAAACUGCGUACUGUAAACUUUUAUCUGAACUGAUCAGUGAUUUAUUAUUAUUAUUAUUAUUAUUUAUAUAUUUGUGUGAUCUAUUAUUGAAUUUCGUAUUUAUUGAAAGAAAAUGCGUUGUUAAAGGAAAUAGUUAUGUGUUUUGUGAUAUUUUAAUGACCCAUUUUAUUACACCUUACAUUUUAAUUCAACCAAGUCAUUGAUCCAUUUUACAUAUGAGAAAACAUUCCUGAUAGCAAAAAUGAAUUUUAUGAAACCGUCUUAGUAGAGCUUAAAUGAAUUUAAAUGUGUUACUAGUUAAUUAAUUUGUUAUGUUUUACUAAAUUAUUGUAGAUUUUUGUAUUAGUCAAACGCAAUUACUAUGGCACGUGAUUUUUUUCUAGUGUCCUUCAAAAUCCUAAUUCUUAUAUUAUUGAUUUGUUAAAAGUCAAUAAAUAGCUGUCAAAUAUAUAAAACAAUUUUCAAGUUUUAUUGAACAUCGUAUCAAAUUUCAAAUAUAGGUAUGGCUUCCUAAAUUUGACUUAAUUGUAUAUAUAAAAGUUCAUCCACUGAUUUCGAUACUUAUCGUUAUAAAUAGAGUACUUGUUUAACUUUUUUUUUAGUUAAAGUUUUAUUUUGGCAUUCUUUUAUGUUUCGUGUUGUGAAGUUUAACCAAAAUUUUCUCAAACUAAGUGUCAACAAAUAGCUUAAAGCACAUCUUGCGUUACUCCGGUGACAAUCUUUACACUCGUACGAGAAAUGUCAGUCUUACAAAUACGUUGGAUGAUGUACUAUUCAAGCACAAUAGGCAGUAAGAGUGCCUUAUUUAUUACCAGUACUAGCUUCGUAAGUUACAUCCAUACGGUAGUAAUAACAAAUCAUUUACGCAAGUUUAAGUUUUCUCUUCGAAAUCAGCAACGAGAAAAAAAAAUGUAUCUACAUUUUAUUUCCGUGAAAUAUGACUGUACAAGGAAAUUUUCCAUUGCAGCGUUAAUCUACAAUUAUGUAUAAGUAACUAUAUAAAAUGUUGUGCAAUUUUAUUGAAAUUGUAAAACUUUUUUCACCCUUUGCUAUACUAGUAAAUUGUAUAUACUGGUAAACUUUUUGUACUACUGUGUCAUACACAUUCACAUAUAUGGUGUGUUCACUUGCUUGAUUACGUGUAUGUAUGAAUGAAAAAUAAGUAAGAAACAAGAUAGUUUAUCUUGACGAUAGACUUGCUAGAAGAAUUACUAUUGAAUCAAUAAUUGU